AUGAUGGCACGACUAGUUGCUUAUUUCCGUCCGUCUAAUCGGCUUGGCCUAUCGGCCCUAAAAAUCUCAUCAAGCUCUCACUCUUUCAGGCUCAACGGUUCAAUGUUCGCUAAUGUCCGAAAGAAUUAUAAUACCCCUGUAAUUAAAAAGCAGCGUAAAGAGCUGAACUUUCUUCAGUAUCUUCCCCGGCGGGUCCGAGACUUCUAUAUGAAAACUCUCUUAAAGCUAUUGAAAUGUACGAUCGGGCAGUCAAAUAGGCAUGUAGUCUUGACUCUGGCUUUACUAUAUGAUAUAUAG